GCCUACCCUUCCUCGGAGAAGGACGUGGUGGAGCUGAUCAGGGCCUCCCACGCGUCGGGGGAGCCCUUCGCGGUGGCGGCCAGGGGGCGGGGCCACUCGGUGAGGGGGCAGGCGAUGGCGGGAGGCGGAGUGGUGGUGGACAUGACGGCUCUUGGGAGGGGCAAAAAGGGGAGGAUUAGGAUUGAUUUGGAGGGGAUGUAUGCGGAUGUUGGAGGGGAGCAGCUGUGGGUGGAUGUGUUGAAGGAGGCGGCCGCGGUGGGAGUGGCGCCCGUGUCGUGGACGGACUACGUGUACUUGAGCGUGGGAGGGACGCUUUCGAACGCGGGGAUAGGCGGCCAGGCGUUUGUGCAUGGGCCGCAGAUUAGUAAUGUUGUUGAGCUUGAUGUUGUCACUGGGAAAGGAGAAUUCAUGACAUGCUCAAGGACAAGAAAUCCGGAAUUAUUUUUUGGAGUUUUAGGUGGUCUUGGACAGUUUGGUAUUAUUACUCGAGCAAGAAUUGUCUUGGACAAAGCUCCCACAAGA